AUGGCAGGUCCAGCAGGUUCUGCUUUUUCGGGUUUCCUUCAAGCUGCAAUCUACAAAAACCUGAACGGAGUGCUAGGACGGGCGGGAUGGUCAUGGCUGUAUAUUUAUUUCCCCGAAAACACCAAAGUGUGGUAUAUGAAUGAUGAAGAGAAAGCGUUGGCCAAGGAGCGAGUGGCUAGAAAUGGUGCUCAACCGAUGAAAGGCAAGAUCAACGGCGCCGUCAUCCUGUCCGCACUCAGAGACUGGAAAUUCUGGAUCCUGGUACCAUUCUACUGCAUAUACGGAUUCGCCGUCCAGAACGGUACUCAAUUCGGUGUAUACCUCAAAGCGUUCAAAUAUUCCGUCACGCUUCGGAAUGUGCUCCCUAGUGUAAUGUAUCUUAUACAGAUACCUGCAAUUCUCAUUUACUGCUACAUCUCCGACCGGACUACUAGGAUCCAGAGAGGUUGGAUCAUGCUGGGUCCGUUAAUUUGGGGCAUUUUCCCGACGGGGGUACUUGCUUUUUGGGGCCAUUCGAAUUCUUUGCGGGUGGUCGCCUUCAUGGUCAACGGCACCCUGUAUAUCACACCGGUAUUCUAUGCCUGGGUAGCAGAGAUGUGCGGUCACAAGACAGAAUUGAGAGCUUUCAUCACUGGAUGUACCUCUUGUCUUUUCUACACAUUCAACGCAUGGCUACCAGCCAUUGUAUUCUUGCAGACCGACGGACCAAGAUUCAAAAAGGGGUUCCGAACCACCUUUUCAUGUUGUGUGGCUAGUGUGGUGUUUGUCAUCGUGAUCAUCUUGAUGCGAAGAAGGGAGCUCAGGCAGGAGAACAACAAGAUGGUUGAUGAGACUUCUGUGCAACAAGGUCGAAUCGACGCAGACAGAGAGGGCGACAUCGAAGAGAAGCUUUAG